AUGGACACGGCCAAGCAUCUUUCCCCCAACUCCGCUAGUCCUGGCGGAGUGCUGGAAGGAGAAAUUGACGAGCACCAUCACGUUUCUACUGGCCUGAGCAUCAACAGGCUCUCCUGGGUAGGUUCCCGCGCCCGUGAGGGUGCUGCUGAGCCCUCAAAGCACGCCCGGGUUGCUAUGGCAGCGAGGCCGCAGGACUGGGGCGCAAUCAAAAUAAAAGGGCUAGAGCCACAGCCGAAUAUUCUAAAAAUGAACCCCGGGAUGAAGAUAUUUCAAGUAAACAUGACCUUUGAUGUGGACACAGCCCACGACAAACUCAUCAUCUCUGAUGACCUAAGGAGUGUCUAUUUUGGAUCUAAGAAGCAGGACAAGAAAGAAUGUGCAGAGAGAUUCCAGAUCUCCACCUGCGUCCUGGGCUCCUCACGGUUCACUUCUGGCCGCCAUUACUGGGAGGUAGUGGUGGGAACUGGCAAAGAAUGGGAUAUCGGCGUUUGCAAAGACUCAGUUAAUCCACAAGAUCCUGUUGACCUGUCGGACGAACACGGAUUCUGGACUGUGGGUGUGAGAGAGGGGGACGUCUAUGCCGCCAGCACUGAACCCUUGACUGUGCUCACCGUGAACCCUCGGUUGCACAGAGUGCACAGAGUGGGGGUUUUCCUUGACCUACAAAAAAAGAGCAUUUCCUUUUGGGACCUUAGUGAUGGUUCCCACAUCUUUUCAUUCUUUGAAAUUUCUGAAUCGGAUGCAUAUUGCCCACUCUUUAUUCCAGCAAAUUCGUAUCCAGAUGAUCAAGAAGAAAUCCUCACUAUCUGUCCUGUGAUGAAUCCACGCAUUUUGGGGCCUCCAGUUAACCCCUGA